AGGCUCAAGCCCGAGAAGCAGAUUUGAGAAUCGAAACCGCCAGCAGAAGUGAAAUACAUUGGUGGCGAGUUUAGGGAGCUGGCAUGGCAGUCCUCGCGUCCGUGGGAGCUGCUGGCACUGUCCUGGGAAGUCACGCGUCCGAGCUCUUCACUGGCAUCAAAGACUCCAUCUCGGCGCUUACAGGGUCUGGAAGGACCGGGGGCAGGAGCCGCGGGAGCUGGAGCAGGCCACGGCGUCGCUGGAGAGGCCAUGCUCGCCCUCGAGCGAGCCACUUCCUGCGGGUUUCGCGCGGGGGCCCUGACGCCGCUGAGGCAGCGCAUCGAGAAUCUGGCGAAGCUCAUCUCGGAGGUGCACGGGGCAAUCGCUGGCGAAGCAAGGGGAGCGGGGUCUUCGAGCCUAGCCCCGUGCGUGUGGGCGGCUGGCCAGUACACCGAGAGCCUCGCGACGAUGCAGAAGGACCUCAACCAGGAGGUCCUUAUCGUGCAGAGCAACAGCCAGUACAAGAUUUUGGAGGUUGGAGACACUGUGAAAUGUCGGCCAAGUGGCCGGCUGGGUGCCAUUAUCGAAGUCGACCGGCUGGAACUCCCCUACAAGGUGAAGUUCGAUGACAACCACGAGGAGGAUUGGUUCCCCGAGUCUGAUGUCGUCUUGCAGAAGGAAGCUCGUCGCUCGAGGUACGUCAACACGGACGCCAUCCGGCGAGAUCUGGCCCAUGCGCUAGACUCGGUGCAGACGUCGUUGACCGCACGCGUGCACAUAGGGCUUCACGUGCAGGUCGGCGUGCUCUUGGUGGCAGUCCUCUGCGGUUACGCGCUCGGCUCCUCCCGAAGCCUGCCCGGCUCCCUCGAGAUCCGCCGCGCCGCGCCGGCCGCUGGCGCCCGGCAGGGCGGGCGGGAGGAGGGCCCCGCGGCCGAGCAGGCAGGGGGCGGCUGGAGCCCCCCCGCGAGAUCUGACCACGUCGGGUCGGACGACAUGGAGGUCGGCACGGGGAGGCAGGGCCUGCAGGUGGGUCGCCGAAGUCCCUGGCAUCGCCCGAGGAGCAUCCUUGAACAAUUGGCGAAAAAAACACACACGAAACCGAAAAAAACACAGGGAAUGGACGUCCGAGCGAUACCCAGAGUCGGAGGCGGAUGGCACGGAAGAGCACGAGAACGAGGACGCUGCGGAGGACACACAGCAGAAGAACACUGGUCUUUCUCUGGAGGAGGUCGAAGACACAGCCAGCUUGGCAAUCCUUACCAAGAACGUCUCACUUCUCUCGAGGGCAAUCGAGAAGCAUGACAUAAACAAGAUAUACGUGUUAGGCGACUCCACGGCGACAUACAUCACUGUCGACGAAUUGCAGUGGUGCCACAAUUUCAUGCACAAGUUGCUGUCUUAUGAGUUUUGUAUUCGAGAUGCUCGGUGUGCUCGGACCAAACGGCAGACUGCCGAUCCUUUUUGCUCUGAUGGUGUUCACCUCGAUAUUAUUGGCGCGAUGCUUGAUGCCAAUGUGAGCAGGAGUCAAGUCUUGUACUGGCUAGCGAAAGACGACGAAAGCGGUCGACAGCGAUUGCAUCCUCAUGUCCGGGAGCGUUUCUGUCAAUACAUGAACUCUCAUUCUCGCAAUUGCACCCAUCCUGAAGCAUUGCAGCUCGGGUAUCCUUUGGAUCAGACGAUGGUGAUCCUAGAGAAUUUUAGGCCCGAGCUGGGUGUGCACAUGAGAAACGAUGGUGGGGGUUACGUUGUCCCGAUACCAACUAAAUGCACAGUGCCACAUAAACAGUGGCCAGAGAAUUGGGGCAAACAUUUUCAGCUACGUUUUGUGAACGGGAGUACGGCCAAGCUUCACGUCAUCCGAGGAUCCAUGGCGGCAGAGCUUUUCUCACCUUGGACAGAGACCUUCAAGGAAAGUCGCAUGCUUGACCAACGACCGAAAGCUCCAACCAUAGACGGCUUGGCGCCGAAAGAUUUUUGGCGGUGCGCAGCAUGACUGCUUGUACCGUGCAGCAAACUAGUUGUAACUGGUUGAAUUCGUUGCACAUGGCAGUUAGAAUACACAGGCUCUGCUGUGCGUGUGCGAUGCGUCGUGUUACGCUGACAAGAGGCAUCCUUCUCCAGCUGGCUGUGGCCAACCCAACCACUGUGAGUGGAGGCGCUGGCCACCCAAUCGUUCGAGGCAUCGGGAGACAGCUGCACGAACAGGUAGAUGUUCGAGGACGCCAGCGGUGCGUCACCAGCCGCUCCGUGGGAGUUGUUCAGAUCUGUGCCGCCGGCCCCAGCAGCUUGAGCCGUCAUGAAGCUGUCGAAUGAACACGUGAUAAUAAUCCAGUAGAAGGCUUCACAGUUUUGCGUCCC